UUUCGCACAAAAACUCCCAGUCCAUAACUAAUCUUCUCCGGUUGACAGACCAGUUCGCUGGAUAAGGAGGUGAAAUGGAUUCCGAACAACAUGAAGUGGUCAUAUCAGGGAUUUCAGGAAGGUUUCCAGAAUGUUUCUCUGUGGACGAUUUACAAGAGAAGCUGUUAACAAAAUCAGUUUUGAUCAAACCUGAUGAAGACAGACUCCUAUAUAAAGGUUUUCAAAACAUACAUCUGGCAUCCGGAAAAAUUCCAGAAUGGAACAGGUUUGACAACACAUUAUUUGGAGUUUCGAAAAGCCUGGUUAACAAUGCUGACCCUUUGUUGGGAAUGAUCCUGGAAAGAAGUUUUGAAGCCAUCUUAGACGCUGGAGUCAGUCCGUUCACUCUGAAGGGCCACAAGAUAGGUGUGUACGUGUCUCCAUCCCCCAGUGACAACGAGACCCUCCGUCUAUCAGAGAUGGUAUUCUGUGAGGGCGCAGGCAUGGUGGGAAACAGCCGCGCUAUGAUGGCCAAUAGGAUAUCCUAUUGCUUCAGUUUUACUGGUCCAAGCGUUUACACAGACUCCUCUUGGGUGUCUGGCAUCACUGUUCUGAAAAAGGCUGUCUCCAUGGUAUCGUCAGGACUGGUUGAGGCUGCAUUGAUCGCUACAGCAAGCAACCUUCUUCACACAAUCAUUGAUUGCGAAUACAACUCAUUGGGACUACUCUCCUCCGAUGGCGUUUGCAGGCCCUUUGAUGCCAAUGCCGAUGGAUUUGUCAGAAGCGAGGCUACAGUAGCAUUUUAUAUUCAAAGAAAGAGAGAUGCUAAACGAUCCUAUGGGACUGUUAGGAAGGCACACUCACUUUAUAUGGGGCUUGAACCUUGCAGUCUCUUGGAGAUCAAUCCAUACAUGGAGACUUUUCUAAAGAACUUUUAUGACGACGGAGCUAUAAAUAUUGAAGACGUAGGGUAUAUUGAAGCUCAUGGAAUGUCCAAUAAGGAAUACGACUCACGAGAACUAAAUGCAUUGGCUAAUCUACUUUGUAACAAAAAGAAAACUACACAGCUAAUAGGGUCAAUAACUGGAAACGUUGGGCACUGCGACAACUGCACGGGUUUUGUGGCCCUCGCAAAAGUCGCCUCAGUUUUGAAUUCUGGAAUCAUCCCUCCAACCGUCAACUACAACAACCCCAACACCGAGGUACCUGCACUCGUCUCAGGCAAACUGAAGGCCGUGACAGAAACUACAGAUCUGUCCGGAGACUUGGUUGCAAUAAACACUAUGAGUGCUUUUGGUCAUGUUGGUCAUGCUGUCCUCCAACGUCACGAAAGAGCCAAAAAGAACAUUUUGGCACCGGAGGAGCUACCACCAGAUGGUCUCUACAGAUUGGUGACUCUACAGGCACGGAACGAACAAGGAGCCAAAACUGUUUGCGAAAAGGUGGCAGCGAUGCCUCUGGACGUUGAAUAUGUAUCUUUGGUCAAUGAAGCGUUCAACUCACCUAUCCCUGCCUACCUGUGGAGAGGAUACUCUAUUCUCCCUACAGUUAAGGAUAGACCAGUUGUCAAGUAUCAGCAAAUUGAUUCUGCCACAAAGAGGCCUUUAUGGUUUAUAUUUUCUGGAAUGGGCUCUCAAUGGGCAGGAAUGGGAAAAGAACUAAUGAAAAUUCCAGAGUUUGCGUCGUCCAUAAUAAGAUGCGACAAGGUUCUUCGUCCUAAGGGCUUGGACAUUGUUGAUAUUUUGUCCAGUGAUGUCGCAACUACCUUUGAUAAUAUAUUGAACUGUUUUGUUGGAAUAACCGCAGUACAGAUUGGACUUGUUGACGUUAUGACGAAGCUAGAAAUAAUUCCGGAUGGAAUCAUUGGCCAUUCCGUGGGAGAGUUAGGCUGUGCCUACGCAGAUGGUUGUUUUACCGCUGAGGAGACGAUCCUAGCUGCCUACGCCAGGGGAAAAGCCAGUCUGGACUCUCUGGCAGACGGUUACGUCAAAGGAAUUAUGGCCGCUGUUGGGCUCGGCUAUAACGAAAUCAAGGACAAGCUACCGCCAACAAUCGACGUAGCCUGUCACAACUCAGCAACCAGUUGUACAAUCUCCGGACCUACGGAAGACGUCAACACCUUUGUCGAGAAACUCAACGCCGAAGGCGUGUUUGCCAGGACGGUCAGUGCAGGCGGUAUCGCAUACCACUCUAGGUAUAUUAAACCCAUCGCUCCAAAGCUACUAAAAGCAUUAAAAGAGACGGUGCCCAAUCCCAAGCCUCGGUCCAGCAAAUGGAUAUGCACAUCAGCACCACAAUCUCAAUGGAACACAGAGACUGUGAAAAUGUGCUCUCCUGAGUACCAUACAAACAACCUACUUAACCCCGUCUACUUUGAAGAAGGUUGCGCUCAUUUACCUGAUAACGCAAUACUCGUCGAGAUCGCACCCCACGGCCUUUUGCAAGCGAUAUUGAGACGGUCUAUCAGCCCGAACUCUUUGACUUUAUCCACCACAAGUAGGACUGUCGAGUCAAAUCUAGUCCAUCUACUAAAAUGUGUAGGAGAGCUUUAUUUGAGCGGCGUGAGCAUGAAUAUAAAUGCUCUAUUCCCCAAGGUGGAGUACCCCGUCGCACGUGGAACACCCAGUAUUUCAACUUUGGCUACUUGGGACCACGAAGAGGAGUUCUACGGGGAACUCAGUGAUAUCAUCAAAAUGAACGCCAGAAAAGGUCUCUAUGAAUAUGAGAUUAGGUUACAUCCCACGGUCCCGGAGUACCGCAUUUGGAAUGACCACAGAAUGGCAGGAAAAGUUGUGGUGCCGAUAUCUCAGAUGCUGAUAUAUCCACUGCAAAUGCUGUUAGCUUUAAAACAACUUCAGGCUGAGAAUCAGUUCACGAUAAUAGAGGAUAUUACUGUUGCGGGAAGCAAUACCGUCGACGAGCUCGAAAAGAAGCUCCUGUGUACUUGCUCACCCACGUCAAAAAAGUUCAUGGUGUCAGAAAUGAGCCCAUUUAACGUUUAUAUGAGUGGACAAUUGAUGGAGUGUGAUAAACCCCAGCCUAUACAGGUACCUGAGGUCAAGGACGUAUCAGCGAUGGAGGAAAUAUCUGAGAGCGACGUUUACAUCAUGCUUUCCGAACUCGGUUGUGACUUGGGACCAUUGUUCCAAAACAUCAAAAAACUCUACAUCGGAUCUAAGGAAUGUGUGGCAAAGGUGAGAUGGAGUGGAAAUGUUAUCACAUUCCUUGACGCAUUGAUGAAAAUCAUCGUUUUAUUCAAGUCUCGAGAACAUGGGUCACUACUGCUUCCGCAGUCUUUUACUAAGAUCGUCAUCGAUGGCCCCUUUUUGAUGUCUACCCCACCUGACACGGAAUUACAAGUUUAUUACAAGUCAUCCAGCAACAGACUUGUGUGUCAAGGAGCAGAGAUUUAUGGAACUUCCCUCAGUCCAGCGGCAAUUAAUGAUACACCCUCACUCUCCUGGUCCGAAUUGAAGUUUCAGCCUUACUUUGAUGAAAAAGUUCUCGCAGAGGACUUCUUGUCAAGCAGUGUCCAUACGGCUGCAGAAGAUGGGUUCAAUGCCUGGAAGGAUGAUUCAUGCACAAUCACAGUUUUGGUUCUUCAAACAGACGACGACUCGUCCUCCCAAUACACGCAGCUGCUGAAAAGCAAAUUCAACUAUAGACCUAAUAUACAGCUGAAGAUUUUGCAAGUUGAUCAGGAAACGGCUAAGGAACAAGUCAAGAGUUCGGGGAGGAGUAGUAUAAUUGUAGUAGGGGAGUACAACAUUAUAUCUAAUUUGGUAAAGCAGAGUGGAGAAUCUGGAAAUGUCUACUUGAUCACUCAUCUUAACAACAAUGGUUCUCCAAAGUACGAUCAAAGCUUAAAACUGAUUUUAGUACACCAAACUGAGUCCGGGAAACUCGCUCUGCUCAAGAAGGCACCAACUCAAACUAAACUACAAGUAUACAAGGCCGAAACUUCAGGAUGGCUGAACGACUUGAGAAAUAUUGUCAAAAAGGAAGUGAACGCUCUUCCGAUUGUUGUAGUGACGCAAUCGUUGACACCGACACAGGUUUUGCCAGCACUCUCGAAAGAGCCAUUCGCUUACAGAAUCAGAACUGUUUUUAUCGAAGAUCGCCACGCUCAGCAGUUCGCGAUAACGAACUCGUUCUACUCGACUCAAUUGUCCUAUGGCCUGAGUGUAAAUAUUCUCUCAGGGGGUUCUUGGGGGAGUCUUAGGUAUAUCUCACAGAAGAUCCACCCCUGCAACUACAACAUGAACAGUCUCGUCAAAAGCCCAAUCGAGCAUCUGCAAAUAAACUGUCUUGGACUGAAUACUCCCUAUUUUACGUACCACCCCAGAUCAUCAAACGAGGAGACUGGACUUAGGUUUGUGGACUACUCCGGUGUGCUGAAGGGGCAGAGGGUAAUGGGUGUGGCAAGUUUGGAUCCCGAAGCCAACAUUCUUACUCCAGAUCCCAUACUCAUGUGGUCAGUUCCGGCAGACUGGACUUUAGAGGACGCCGCCACCACACCCGUGGCUUAUACAAUGGCAUACAUCUGCGUCAUCGAGAAGGCGAAGGUGUACCAAGGAGAACAUGUAUUAGUACACGCAGGCUGUAGUCCUUUAGGUCAAGCAGUCAUUUCAGUGGCACUUCAAGCUGGAGCAAAGGUUCUUGUAUCUGUCAAGAAUGAACAAGAAAUCAAACUCCUCACUGAUCGUUUUCCUACUAUAAAAGACCGGGAUGUUUUUGUUCUAAACAAGGAAGAUAUUAAUGUAGCUGUUAGGAAACGGAUUGGGGGAAAAGGAGUUGAAGUUAUCGUCAGUUGUUUACGAGGAAAUGACUUCCAGUCCACUGUUAAAGUUGCUGACGUGGACUGCCGUAUUAUACAUCUGUCCGAAAUACGAGUUGAAGACAGGGAAAUUAUUGGACUGUACAACUUCUUCCAGAACAGAUCUAUUUUUGGCGUUUCUCUAAACAGCAUUGACACUUUUAAUGAUGAAAGUAAAAUAGAUCUCCAAAAGAUGUUGAAAGACGGCAUAAGUCAAGGUGUAGUGAUGCCACUGAAGAAAAGGCUUUUCCAAAUCAAAGACCUCACUGAUGCCCUCGGCAAUCUUCAAAUAAAUAAUGCAACGGAAAAAACUGUGUUGAUUUCAAAACUUGAAAAUCAGGUCAUGCCAGUAAAUGGGUACUUUAUGUCUAAUCUGGAUAGCGUACACAUAAUUGCAGGACCUAAUGUGGAACUUAAGUUUGAGCUGGCCGAAUGGCUAAUUCACCAUGGUGCUUCGAAACUUGUGGUUUUGAACGACGAAGGUCUCUACCUUAAAAGGGUGAAUCGCAUUUUGUACCGCAAAAAAUGUUCUACGAUGAUCUCCUCCUCUGCAUGCUUGGAUACUCCUGAAGGUGCACUGAAGUUCUUGAAAGAAACAUUACAUAUUGGAAUGGUUUCAUCAAUAUUCUGUGUCUCAAUGGACGAAAACGGCAGCAAAAUGAAAAAUCUUGACUUGGCCUGUAGGGAGCUUCUGCCCCAACUACAACAUUUUGUUUCUUUGCUUGGAAAAGGAUCAGAGGUUAGCGACUCUCGUUCCAUCAGCGGCCUUCCUACUUGCUGUAUCAAAAGUGGAAGUCCGGUAGAAGCUGGAAACAAAGUAAUUCCUUACCUCUUCAGGCUGCUGGCGGACACCCAAACGACAGCAAAGUUUUAUUUAGUUUCUGACCAUUUAAACACAACUAAGAGCAAAGGAACGAAAACAUCUCUUGCACAUCUUCCUAACUCAGUUGAAGAACUGUAUAAUCUCGGAAUGAGCCUGGAGUCACAGGAAACAUUCGUAGAGGAGACUACCCUGAGUCCCAAGUAUUCCGCAAGCAAGUAUUCCACGCAGCCAGUGUUCGUGUUCCCGGGACUGGGAAGUCAUUUUGUGAGGCCUUUGCUGAGGCAGAUAAUGCAUCCAGCUUUUUGCUGUAGAUUACCUACUGAAGCUCAUUCCCUGCACGAGGUGGCCGAGUCCAUGGUUCAGGAUAUACACAGGAUUAAACCCCAAGGACCGUACACUAUUAUAGGGGAAUCCUGGGGUGGAGCCUACGCUCUGGCCGUAAGUCAACUCUUACAAUCUGAGGGAUAUCAAGUCAAACUCAUCCUGAUACAGGGUGUUCCAACAAUAGAGCAGCACAAACUGAGGGACCUUUGUAGAAGAAGUGAUGCAGACCUAGGAAAUUGCAUUUUGAAUGUGGCCCUCCACACUGAAGAGAAGAACUACAAAAACUGGAAGGAGAGGCUUACUCAGCUUCUACAAACCUUGGAGCCCGAUGUGAGGGAUCACGUGGCUAGAGGAGUCACUUCGCUCAAUCAUCAACUGACAUCCUUCCUCAACUACGAACCCUCCAAAGUCCCCAUCAUUGGAAUGGUUGACAACGUGAUUUGCAACAAGAAUGACCUGCUCAACUACCUUGAUCAUCUCUCAAGGUUUUGCCAAGACCCACCCAAUAUCAAAGUUGCUGACUAUCUUACCCACUCUCAGCUGCUCGUCUCACAAACAACAGCUUCUGUGAUAAAUGAAAAUGUGGUCCACUCAUGGAAGAAAUAACAUGCUAUUCAAUGUAAAUAAACAUAUUUGUUGUCUAUUCAAA